AUGCCGUCAAUAUCAGCUCUCUCACCUUAUUACUAUAAAUCAUUUCGUCCUUUGAAAAAUGAUUAUAAGACUUCGAGAAGUUUUGGUAACGGACAUCCAACUUCCACAUGUUACACGAAUGCACAACAAUCUGCACAGUUCACGCAGUCUCUUUUUCGCUUAGUAUUGCAAAGUCAGACCGCAUAUGCUCAAUACGUGAAGCUCAUAGCAUUGUUCGUAUUUGCUGUUGUCCAUGUUGUCUAUAUGAUACCAUUCUUACACGCUUUCGCGGCUGUGGCUUCCGGCAUGGAUAUGACUGAUGUGACGCCUAGCAUUGGAUCGUUCCAUCUUCGACAUUUCGUUGAAACUCUUGCUGAUUACAAGAAGAACAUGUGGAUGAUUGUGGGUAGUAUGUGUGUUGCGCUGUCUACUUCGUGUUUUAUCCUUAUGUUGAAUACUUCAUCACGGAAGAUUGCUUAUGAUAUUGUUAUACGGGGCAUCGAUCUUUUGACUUUUGGUACUUUACCAUUUUUUUUGAUCGCUAGGCUGAUUUUAUUAAACAGCAUCUUUGAGCAACUACCUGUUGUACUCCGUGAAAUUCAAUUCUUACAAUAUUCAAAGCAACUAAGUACCAUACUUCAUUGCUCAUUUGUACCUGUCAAAAAGGUCUCAUUAUGCGAUCAGGUUAUACGAAAUGCUCUUUUUCCGGCAUACAUAAUCAAAUUUCUCAUUAUCUUGGCCAUCUUAACAAUUGCUUACAUGCUGUUGGCUUAUUUAAUCGAAUGGUGUUUGAGACACUGGUUUCCACCGCAGUGCAGUCCUUCCAAACACACAUCCAUCUAUGCGCCAAUCUCCAUGACUGUUUAA